AUGGAAGUCAUUGUCGAGAGCUAUGAAAGGACAAUUUCGAUCGACCCGAUGUCGGUCCGAAUGGAAGUUUUGGUGGGAAAAAGCGUGCAAUUCGAACGCAUAAGGAAUGAGCCUGUGGUUUUCAUUCAUGGUAACGGUGACGCUGCAUUGCAUACUCAGGCCCCCCUGGCGACUGGAUGGAGCAGAUCUAUUCAAUACUUUUUGGAGCAGAAUUAUACAGAAGGUGAACUCUACGCAACCACCUGGGGAGAUGCCUGGGAAAAAAUAAAACAUACCGGCUCGGUACUGGACAGCUACAGCACCAUGCACACCUGCAGCAAUCUGCUAUUCCUUCGAAGGUCACUUUGCAUCACGAUCACCAAUUUAUAG